AGAGGGGAGAUGCCAAGUGUCUGGCUUGGGGCAGAGGGAGAGUCGGAGAGAGGCAGCCGGAGCCCCCUUUUGGCGGCGCAGUUCCCCCCCUGGGGGGGAGGAGGGGAGGCGGGAGGAGAGGACACUCCGCUCGGCGGGGGUCUCCGGCUCGCAAGCGAAGGGAAGCUUUGCUGCAGCUGAAGGCUUGUGCGGAGCAGCGCCGCUCUCGGCCGCGCAAGGGCGCAUCUCCAGCUCUGGCUCCGCCUGCGCCGCGGCGCUGCUUCCCGGACGCUGACCCUCCGCCUACUUGAAGCUCUCCCCACCGAAGGCAGGGGCCCCGAGGCGAGGAUCGGCCGCGCCCGGGGGAGGGACAAGGAUGCCUGCGCUCGGCUCCCUCCAACUCGGCGGCUGAAGCAGCUUCCUCGGCUCAGGGUAGUUUGUUCUCUGUCAUCCAUCUGUCUUAGAAGCACCUCGCACUGAGCUUUCAGCAAAAUGGAAAGUGUGAGUGAACUCCAGAAUCCCCUGUUGGCCAAGAAUAAUGGACACCUUCAUGGCAGUUACAGUUACCACCAGGAUUAUCCUGGCCACCGUUGCCAGGGUAAACUGUACUCCUAUAUCUUCCAAAAUUCUGGCAAUGCGAGGACUCACCAACUGCUGGAUGCCAGUUCUCUUCAGCUGGCUGUUGAAGCAUUGUACGGCCCAAAUUUCAUCCUGGUGAAGGAUGAGACCAGUGUCAAAGUCAAGGACAACAAAGGUGAGAGUUGUGAGACAGCCUUCAUGGGAAACAAAGAGCAUCCUGCUGAGGCCUCUGAUGUGCAAGAAACCCAAGGGAGGUCCCUGAUGGAAAAUGACAUCAAAAUCCAGACAGUGUCCUAUGAAGUGGAAGAAGAGGAAUUGCAAGAAUAUGAGUCUCACUGAAGUCCUACUGAGGUCUAUGAAAUACCUGCCAGACCACUCCAGAUUAAAUGGUUUGUGGACUGAAGCCAAGAAGAUUAUUCUCAAUCAGCAUACUAAGCAGUACAUCUGCUGCCUAAUAGACAUCAAGUAUUUUCAGUCUGAAGACGGGGAAGUAUGGUGAUGAUUGAGGUGGUGCCCUGUAUAUCAUCUCUGUUGGACACCCAGUUCCCAAAAGAUCAUUCAUAUUAGCCGCUGUUCCUUGGCAGAUAAACAUCCUAGCUCAUAGAGGCUGACUCUGUAUCGCUUGAAUGUGUGAUGGACUCGUCCCGCCAACACUCCCAUCACAGCGCUUCCUGCCCCAUGAAGUUCAUCUGCCUGCUGCUGUAUAUCAGGAGAGAAAGUGUUGUCACAGCAGCAACAUCAAACAUGUGUAGUGUAAAUUGGUUACAUGUUCUGCUGCUGCUGAAUACUCUGUGGGUCAGACUUACAGUGUGCCAUUGCCUUGAUUUGCU